UUCCAACCUUCGCUGCUUUUUUCAUUUCUCCACAGUAUAUCGAACCUUGGAAACUCUUAACUUGUUCAUAAACUAGAUUUGCACACGUGUUGCAGCAUUUCCAGAGCUCGGUUUGCAGGUUUCCUGAGCUUUCGAGACUUAAAAUUCCCUCAAAACGCCAUCCAAAAUGGCUGUUUUUGUCUUUCCCCGACGAAGACAAGAUGAUGUGUAGGGGACAGGCUGGAAAGCACAGAUCAUCCUAGAAGCUUAUAUAGAACGACUUUUGCCGGUAAGAACUCGAUUUUAAUGUGUUUCCAGGCUUCCUAUCCUUAUCAAAUAGUUUGUAACUUACCUCUGCGUACUUCGCUUGAAUUUUGUCGUUAAAUUCAGGGCGGGGAAAUAGUCGGCGAAGCAAAUCGUUUUAGCUAGGUAUUUGGACAUUUUUACGUACUUUUUUCGAUGAAACAAUACUCUGAAAUAGUUUUUCCAACAGUUGUAAAUAAACAUGUGUAUUAACUUCACAUAUUCCCUUCCUUAUAGCUCGAUAUUCUUGACUCGGCGUAAGCACGCAUUUCGUCGUCAUCUUCGUAUCUAUUAAGCCAUUGUUUCGUCCUUUGACAUCGUAUUUCUAAUCCUUAGGCAUAACUGAGAGACAUAAAUUCCUCGCUGUCUUGGAAUGGAUCCUCGAGACGUCCCAAAUCACAGCCCCGCUCACCCUCACAGCUUUUUUGAUGGCAAUCCAGGUGAGCGUAGUUUUACUUUGUUGCUCGUUCAAUUUGUUUUGCUGGCGUUAUUUCGUCGUCACAACGAGCCCAUCGAGGAUCUCCCUUUCCUCUUUUUUUAAACCGUGCUCUUGUGCAUGAAUUGUUGAAGUUAAAAUUAGUUUGUUUAAUAGUUUGUAACUCUGAUAUUUGGAGCAGACUUGUCAUUAUUGUGCCUUUUGUUUCAGGCCAUCUUCGCUCACCUCCAUUGUCCCACGAUCCGUCUUACGGAAUGCAUCCAAGUGCCUUCUCUAUGAUGGGAAGAAGACCUGGUUUGCCAGACUUCAGAGGAACAUUACCUCACGACCCUAUUCUAAGCUCUCCAGGCAGUUUGACUUCUCCUGGCUCACUUCAUAGCUCAUUAACUGCUGGGGCAGGUGGUGCAGCUUGGUGGAUGCCCCCACAUCCACAUGCUCAUGGGAUGACACCCGAGUAUUUUCCCAGUCAUAUCCCUGGAAGCUGGCUAACACAUGAACAUGACUGUGGUAUUUCUAAUCAUGACAGACUUGAUGAAUGUCUAUACCCUCCAUCAAGGUCUAGAAGUAACAUGAUGAAUGGAGUAAAUUCGUCUGGUGUUUUUGGAAGUGGGUCAGGGAUCUUUUAUCCUCCACCAGCAAGUCCACAGUCGGUACAUAGCUUUGUUCGCCAAACUAGUCCUACCACCAGUAGUUCAAAGAGCACACUUUCACAUUGGAGUAGCCACGGCAACCAUGAUGGAAAGGGUGGUCUUGAUCUUGGGAACAGCCGUGACUUAGAGGUGGCCCCAUCACAUCUAAACAGGAAAUUGACUAACUGUAGUGAAGAAAGCAAUGAUAGAAACAGUGAGGUGAGAUCGGGUGAUUUAGCUUUGCAUCACAGGGAAAGAGUUAAAGAUGCCAAUAUCAGAGUCAACAGGGAGCUUGAAAAAACAAAAACUUCUAACAGCUUUCCUGAAAAUAAAGACUUAAUGUCUGGAAAUAAGACACAAGUAUUGCAAAAUACUGAGCAUAAUAAUAAAAAUGGCCAAAGACCAUCAAAUGUUGCUGCCCACAGUGAUAACAGCAACAUUCAAACGCAUCAAAAUAUUGGUUUAGAAAAGAGAAAUGACAAGAAUGUACAUGCAGGGAUUGUAGAAGAGAACCAUACUUCAUUAAAUAAGACAGCAAAUUUAGAGCCCACUGCUAAGUCAAGUCCACCAAAGUUGCAGAAAGUGAGGUCUGGCCCGCCACCUCCAUUAAAGGUGCCUUCUUCCAUUUUGAAUACGACUGAAGGAAUUAUUCCUACGAAACGAGAACCACCUGUGAAAAAGGGAAAAGAUCUCUCUGCUAUGCUCAAAGAGGAAAUGCUGAAACCAAGUAAAAAGGUGGUGACUAGUACAGCUAAACAGACAGAAAAAGCACAGAAUAUUGUUAGCGGUGAAGUGAAAAGCAAACUGAAAAAUGUGUCUGAGCAAAACAUGGCCAGUACUUUGCAAGUUUCACCGGCCGGUCAAAAGCCUUCUUCAAAGCUGCCUGCAAGUCAGCCAAGAGUCCCAUCAGGAAAGCCACCAUUAAUAGCGCAGUUCAGGGACGUAAAGUAUAACGAGGAGAGUAGUGAUGAUGACAGUGAUAGUAGCAAUGUCAGUAGUGACAGUGAAAGCGGCAGCGCCAGCGAUGAUGACAGCGAGGAAGGAGAAGAAGGAGAGAAUGAAGAAGAAAGUAGCGGCAGUGAUACUGAUAGCGAUGGUAGUGAGGAGGAAGAAUGUGGCGCUGAACAGCAGGAUGAUGAUGAAGAUGAAGAUGAUGAUGAUGUAAACAUGGAAAGCCAAGAAGGUGGUGUCUCAUUUGAAGAAUCAACUCAGUCACCCAGCAAAAGAAAACUUGAAGAGGGUUCUUCAGGUAUUAGUGUGAAAAUUUUUAAUGAUCACAGUCACAAUUCAAUGAUAAUAAUGCUAAUUAUAAGCACAUGUUGUUCUUUGCUUGCUGAAUUUUGACAAUUUUUUAUUUUUUAUUUUUUUUAUUUAUUAAAUGUUGACAAUUGAUGUAAAAAAAAUGCCCAUUAUUUUCUGGGUUGUUUCAUAGGAAGGAAUUUUCAAAUCUGGAUUUUUUUAAAAAACUCCUUUCAAUAGUUCUUUUGGAUAAUGCAGUUAUUAAGGUUCCAGUGAAAUGUUCCAACAGUCCCAGGUUGAAUGCAGAACUUUUUCAAUAAGCAUCAGUGGUUUUUUUCUAAUUUUUGAAUAUUUCUUUGUACUGUAGGCACACCAAGGAAAAGGCGUAGAGCAGUCAAUGAAGAUGCCAUCAAAAUUCCUUUGGAAAAGGGGUAAGAUAAAGCUUUUUAGUUUUACAAAACUAAAAAAAGUAAAAAAAACAGCUAAUGGACAUGGUUUGUAAAUGUUUGUUGUUUUGUCAAACUUGUCCAUUUUUAAGUUCUUAGUUAAUUUUAUGUAGCUAGCUACAGUAUAUAGAAUUAUCUUCCUGACCCUGGUUGUUCAAAUAUUGGAUAGCGCUAUCCACUGGAUAAAUCACUAUCUGGAUAAAUCUCUAUCCAUUGGAUAGAGAUUUAUCCACCCGAUAACCUGAGAUCGGGCGUAAUUUUUUUUUGCUUCUUUGCUUCUUUGGUUCGAGAGGGAAAAAAUAACGCCUGAUACAUUUAUUUAACAAGCCAUCAACUGCCCCCUAAUUUACAUAAUCUAACGUCUGCUUGACCUGUCACGUUUUUAGCCAAUCAGCGUUUAACAGAAGGGAAUUAGAUUUUGGCGGGAAUAAUGUCUCUUUCGAAAUAAAGUUUAGGGAAAAUAGAAUGUUUAUUUGUUUAGUUGUUGUUUUCAACAACAACUAACGGAUGGCGGCGUUUUGGCCAAUUGGAACAGUGCAAAUCAUCCGUAUUGUUUCCUAUCCAAUCAGAAAAAAGUCCAGAUUCUGGCUUUUUCGCAUGUGAUCUGUGAAAGAAAUGUAUCAUGCCCUCCUCCCAAAAACAGAUUACAGAGGCCUGCUCUUGUAAGUACUAAUCAAAUGUAUAGUCCAAGUUAGUAUUGGCUACAACACUGUAUUGUCAUUGCAUUGCGGAUAAGCACAUUAUUGACAUUCCAAUCCUAGCUGUAUGCAGGAUGUUUGUCAUUUGAACCUACAAUAGUUUAGUAGCCUUAGCUCCCGCGAGACUCCUGUAGCUCACUGGUAGAGCAUCUGCUCUUGUUACCAGAGGGUUAGUCUCUUUCUCAUUCUUUUUAUCAAUCUUCACAACCAUGGUCUUUACGUAUUAUCACUGUACCUUUGUCUUGUUUGUUGUCAUCCUCUGAUUUUGUGAUUGUGGUUUAUGUGUAGGUGGCGGCGGCAGACCCGAUUACGUCAAGUGGGCGCGUCAGGUGGAUUAAGAGGGGAUGUUUACUACUUUGCUCCUUGUAGCAAAAAGCUUCGUACUUAUCCUGAGGUCACAAGGGUGAGUAAAAUAUUACCAUACCUAUUGUGUAAUGAUGGAUUUCCAACUGAAAUGCCGCCUAUUCCUUUUAACUUGAUGUUAAUAAUGCCACCAUUUUUGUAUUGCUUUAAGUGCCUUAACUCUUAUAGAGAGAAUUUGCUGAAAAUUUUGGCAAGACCAAGAAGUUUAAUUUCUGUCAGCUCAAAGAUGUCUUUGCUUAAGUUCCCUCAUAUCAUUUAUUUGUUCAUUCAUUAUUUUGUUUUAUUUUCACCAUUCCCUUCCACCUGCCUCAUCUCAUUAUUAUUAUUAAUAUUGUUAAUAUUAUUAAUAAACACUGAUGAGAGGCAUGCCAGAUAAUGAGUACAAAAUGUACAAUACAUUGAAUUUCAUUCUUUUGGUUUGAAAAUGCUUUUGACUCUUAAGAAAUCCCACCCCCCUGCUUCUGAGUACAAUGUGCCUGUUGGUAGAAAGAUUUUGUGAGUUGUUUGAAAGUUAAGAAUUGAUGUGAUCUCUUUUUACAGUAUCUCAACAAGAAUGGCAUCACUGAUAUAUCUAUCGAAAACUUCAGCUUCAGUACAAAACUUCACAUUGGAGAGUUUCUGGAGUGUAAAGAGGUUUGUGUUGUUAAUGGUCAGCUUUGUUAUUAUGAAAUUGCAAGACAAGCGUGACAGUGUAACAGUAGGUAGUGGUACAGUGCUGCUCCAAACAAGAGCCCGAUGCAUAGUUUUGCAUGAAACCUUUCUAAGCUAAAAUGGAUAGCCAAUAGUAUAUGGGGCUAGGCAAAGAGGAUGUGUUGGCCAAUGCUGAAUCUGGGAAAUGUUGGAAAGAAACUUGAGUGGACACAUUAAAACUUCUCAAAGUGAGUUUUCUUUGCUUAAUAAAAACUGUUCAAACUGUUAACAGGGAACUGAGUUUGUACCUCUGUCUGAGGAGGAGGUCAACAGACGAAAACAAGAAGCGGAUGAAAAAAACAGGGCUAAACUAGAGAAGUUAAAUACCAAGAGGGAGAAAAAGCAAAAACAAGCAGGUACAAAAAUACUUCCAUGAUCUUUCAAUUUUGUUCAAGGAUUCAGAGUCAUUUUGCACUCUUAGAAUUUUGCUAUACUGUAUUCAAGCAUGCUUCUGCUACCAGAUGCAGGUGGAUCAUUAUACAUUUCUGGGAAACUGCCCACUUACCCCUCCCCUAAGCCAACAUUAACACUAACUUCUCACUUAGGGCAAAAUGUUGGCUUCGGGAAGGGGUAGCUGGGUAGUUUCCCAGAAAUGUAUGAUGAUCCGUAUGAUUUUCUGUGGUGACAACUGUGCUUGUAUUUUGUAAGUACUCAGGGAAAGAAAACUAGAAUGCCUUUAUAUUGUAGAUAAUAAUGUAGAGAAAUGGUGCAUUUUAAAUUUCUUAUAGCUUUUUCUUUUGCUGCACCCACUUUCUUAAGCUAGAUCUUUGCACCCUGUAAAUACCAGUGCUAUUACUAAGGGCCUGAGGCUGAGGGUUUUCCCCUGGCUGCUGUAACCAUGGCUUCUGGAUAAACAAAAGGAAAAUAUCACCUUACGAAUUUCCUACCUUUUUGAUUUUGUUGCCUACUAACUACAUAAUUUUCCUCUGAAUCUUGAGUAAAAUAUGGCAUAAUACUUAAUUGUUCACUACAGUUACCAUAAAGCUGCCUACAUCAUAACAGUUUGACAACCUCAUGUUUGAUGUCUGUCAAAACUAAUACUGUAAUUCUUCUGAAAUGCUACUUCACUGUGCAUAAGUUUAAGUGUCAAUUUUUAUAGUUGAUCACCACAAAGAAAAGGGCAUUGUUCUGAAUUAGUUGUCCUCAGGUGGUAUAUAACAAAUCUGUGAUAGGUACAGGUAGGUGGGAGAAAUGAUCUGAGACUUUGCUGAGUGAUCUCGCUCUCACUGUAGAAAUGGUGCAGAAAGCAUUGGAAGCUAAGCUUGUAAGAAAAGCCCAACGGCAGGCUGCGUUGGAUGAAGCUAGAAUGGCCAAGAGAGAAAGAGGUUAAUUAAGAAUAUAUGUAGCUUUACACUUAAACAGUUAAGCCCUCAUAUAUUGACUGGCACAUAGUUUCUCCUUGUAAUUUCCUUUCUUAAUAUUAAACAUAUGGGCAUGCAUGUAGAGGCAGUAAUUGCUGAAGACAGAAAGUCUUGAUUUUCUGACAAAUUCUCAUUGCUAGUAUCACACAAACUAUCAGGGAGUAGUGAGGAGAAAAUGCCUGUUGAUAUCUGGGCUUAACAGGUUAAUCCUUUGACUCCUAGGAGUGGCCAAAAGUGCUAAUCGAAUCCAUCUUUCGAAAAUGAAGAAAGAAUAGUUUGGAUUUCCUAGGAGUGAUGUGGCUUAAACCCCUUUACCUCUAGGGGGAUUAAUAGAGUCUUUUCAGGUGGUUCUAAAUUUUGAGUGUGUGAAUGAAAUCCUAAAGUGUGACCAUUCAAAUGAAAGCUACUGAGCAGUACUUUCCUGUGUUGCUGUUUAUUAUGCUGUACAAGGUGGUUCUAACUUUUGUGUCUGUGGAUGAAAUCCUAAAGUGUGACCAUUCAAAUGAAAGCUACGGGGCUGUACUUUUCUAUGGUACAGUUUAUUAUGUUGUACAAUGUGGUUCUAACUUUCGAGUGUGUGGUCAAUUUCCUGUGGUGUGACCAUAUUAAUGAAACAUUUUAACAGUACUUUCAUGUGGAAUAAUUUGUAUUUCAUCAUUUCACAAAAUGAAAUUUUGGAAUUUUGCUGAAUUUUGGCUUUUACAACUCCUGGGAGUGAAGUGGUUAACAAUGCAUUUGUCAUCAAUAGUGCAUUACAGUGGUGACUUGUGCAUUUACGAGGAUGAUUCGGAAAGGCAGGUGUUGCAGUGCAGGCUCAUUGCAGGCUGCACUUGCCUUUCUUUCUAACAUUUGUGCUUUAUACAUUUGGCCAUAAGUGGUGAUUUCAUUUCAGAAAUAGCUGUUAAAGCAGCAGCAGCUAAACGGCUAGAAAAAGUUCAACGUGAAGCUGCUUUGGAAGCGGUUAAGAUGGCAAAAAGACAGAGAGGUUUUUAUUAAAUUCACAUAUUUGUUCUUUGCUGGAUAAAAGUUCUAACUAUGUAAAUGAGGUAAUAAUGUUGGGCGAACACUCAAAGUGCUUAUCUCAGAAAAAUGUAAAAAGUGUAUAGUACACCAAACUGCUAAAAAAAAAGAUUGUUUAAAGUAAAAAGAAUGACCUUAUGUUUUGAUUGGUACAGAAGUCUGCAGGAUAAUGGCCUCAAAUACAAUCUAGUUUUAUAUGACACUUUUGUUCAAAAUGUUAUUGUAGUAACUUGGUCCACUAAAUGUUACCUUGGUUUAUACAGAAUUAAAGAUUUGUGUGCAAUUGACAUUCUUGCCCAUUUUCCAGUUAGCUUUAACUCUUUAAACCCCAAUAUCCACAUACCAAUUCCCCAAACUGAUCACUAUACAUUUCCUUAAAGAGGUAGUUGAGAGAAUUUGAUAAAAGAUCAAAGCAUUUUCUCUAUGAUGAUCAUUUCAGUAAUUCUCAUAACCUUAUCUCUUACGAUGUAUGGAUAUCGUUAGGAGAAAGUUGAUGUUGGUCACCAUUGGGGCUUAAAAGGUUAAGAUACCAUAGCUCAGAAAGAGGCAGCCUGUUCUUUUAUCUCUGUACUAAAACUGUGGCUCUGAAGUCAGAUAUAUGUGUAUUUCACACAAACAUCUGAACAACAAACAUCUUGUUCUUGAGUCCACAAAACAAUGUGUUUUUAAGUUUCAUAUUCCUGGGCUCUAAACUACUUGAUUCAUCACUUAACCAGAGUCCUGUUCUUUUGCCAGGAAAAACAUUAAUAAUGGGGAUUAUUUAAAGAAAAGAAUAUCUCCUUCGAUCUGAGCUAGGUAUUCUUAAUGCUACCCCAUUUUCUCUCAAUCUUUGGUAUUGUAUACUGAAAAGUUCUGACAAAGCACAGAUACAGUGUAAGGUCCAUAGUGUCUAUUUUGUCAUAAAGUUCAACUUGUGGUUUUGUUUUUAUAGCUGAAGCAAGAAUGCGCAGCAAAGCCAUGAAACGAGAAGCGCUUCAGGCAGCCAAGGAAGCCAAAAAGGAAAGAGGUGAAUAAUGUUUGGCUGAUAUAAAAAUGUUUUGUAAAUUUAUGUUAUUUUAUUCCAUCAAGUCUGCUCUUUUUAUGAACAACCAGUAACUACUUAUGUUGAAUUUCUUCAGUGCGGAUGCUGGCAGAGCAGAAGCGACUUGCUAAAGAGCGAGCUAAAGAGCAGCGACAGUUGGUGAGUGGUAGUUCUACUAUGAUAUGUUUAGCCUGCGAGGCAAGCUCUCCUGGGGUUCCCAGGGGUACGGAAAUUUGAAUAUCUGCGUCCAACAACAACAGCAAUCAGAUUAUUUCUACUACUGUAGACAGGCAACUAUUAAAAAGAAUAUUCAAGAAAUAUAAUUAUAAAUUAACAUGAUAUGUUGGCAGUAAUAAUAUAACAUAUUAAUUUGAGGUCAGUGGUACAAGUAAUUAUUUCACCAGAUUUGUGAUAUAAUGGCAUGACACUUUUGUCGGUCAGGUGCAUAUUCUAAAUUAUAUUGCUGAUCCUUUGGGGCAUUCAAGAUCAAACAACUCCUUUGUGCCGUAUGCUUUUUUCACCCUUAGUUUUCUUUCCCGGUGCACAACUGAUGUUUCUUUGAAUGUCUUGUAACAAGUCACCAUAAGAUGAAAAAAAGUAUUAAUUUUUUUCAAUCAACUCAAUCAUGUGUGCAAAUAAUUUCAUGAUCAAUGUUGCGUACACCUGUUAAUUUAUAUCUGGUUGUUUGUUAGGCUCGGCGAAAGAAGAAAGAAGAUGCUGCAAAUGCGAAAUAUGAAGAUGCCAUGAAGAAGGCAAAGGUAAGGAUAGAUCCAUGUUUGCAAAUUAGUUUCAUAAUUGGCUUUCAGUGGAUGAAUUGAAGUUUUGAAGUCUAUGGUGCACAUCUUCAAAAAUAUUGACUUUGGUUCUGCAGGGCUAAAAAAAAGUCAGAAAAGUAGAUUUUUUGCAUAAGAUUGUGACAGUAACAUGAAGAUACAUGAAUUGUGCUAUGCUAAUUAAACUGUAGUGUCACUUUGGAUGUGUAGAAUUGAAAGGAGUCAUUUGGUUUGCCUUAUGUCAUCAAUUAAUAUUGUUCUACUGGUGGGAGUUUGUUUAUUUGUUUUUCCUUAUAUCAUCAGGAAAGGGAACUCAAACGCCAGCAAGCUGUUCUUCUCAAGCAACAGGUUAUUGUUUUUAAAUAAUGCUAAUAAUAAUGAAAAAUAAUACUAAGUUAUCAUCUCUCUUUAGGGGGCCUUUCAGAGAUAUUGAAGUAAACAAUUUACUAGCAGUUGUUAGAUGAGGCUGAGGAUGAUCUGAAGAAAAAACAAAAAAAAAUUCUUACUUAAAAAUAUGCACAUCUUGAACAAUGCUACUUGAAAGUUCAAUCCUGUCUUCAUUGGUUCCUGGGCAACUUCAGGGUAUGAAGAGGUGCUCAGUCUGACAGAUGUUCUUCAAAUAGCAGUUGUCAUCCAUCGAGUUCUUUCUUUUGUUGUUCUUGCUACAUAUGGCUACGGUUUUAAAUUGAUAUUUUGCUUAUCUGCAGGAAAAGGAACAGAAAAGACAACAGCAGAUGAUGAUCAGGGCAAUUGAAUCCCAGAGGAAGCAAGAGGUGAAUACAGUAGGACCCCAGUAACUCGAGCUCCCCGCUAACUUGAACAAAUUCUCAUUUCCCUUGGAUUUGACCCUACUUUUUAGUCACUUGUACCUGGAUAACUCAAACUCAGAUAACUGGAAUUCGAAUUCAAACUAAAUAGCAUUUCCCUUGAUCAAAAUUUACCCUGAUAACUUGAACUCGGAUAACUCGAAUUCGAAUUCAAACUAAUUGCAUUUCCCGUGAUCAAAAUUUACGUCGAUAACUGAAAUUCUGGUUCUUGCAACUCACCACAAAUACCAUCCCAUUAGCUUUUCCUAUCGUGCAAGCAGUAUAACCCCCUAAAACUAAAACUACAGUAAUUUAUUUUUCAUAAGUGCAAUGAACAGAUCACGUAUUUGAUAGCCAUUUCCCUGUGUUAUCAUAAAAAUUCAUAAUCGUGUUACAAUUUCUGAUGAGAUAAGUUUAUUUGCACUCCACUGUAUACUGAAGUGCUGAAAUAUCAGUAAACUAUCAAUAUUAACAUAGUAAAUUGAAGAUUUGAUGGACCCCGAUAACUCAAACCCCUGCUCAAACUGUUUUUCGUUUCCAUCAGAGUUCAAGUUACUGGGGUGGUACUGUAAUAACAAAAAAUAACUUUUUCUCAUCAUCUGCAUUGAAGUUUGUGCCUUCUAUCCACUGGUUGACCCAAUUACUUACAGAUUCAAUUUACUUUUAGGAGCGUGAAAGAUUGAAGGAGGAGAAAAAGAUGGAAAAGAAGCUUCUAAGAGAGAAAAAGCUUGUAAGAAAUGAACAUUUUUAUUUUAAAAUUUUGAUCAUUAUUUUGUCAUGCAUGCAAGCAAGUUGUAGUAAUUGAAAAGAAGCUUCUGCUUGACAGAAGCUUUUAAGAAAUGAAAUUUUGUUUAGUCUGGUCAUACAGGGUUCACACAGUCUUGUAAAGUUCUUGAAUUUUAGGGGAAGUCCUUAAAAAGUCCUUGAAUUCCAUUUUUCCUUGAAAAGUCCCAAAAUUUCAGUGCAAGUCCUUGAAAAAUCAAGCUCAGAGAAGUUAAAGGUGAUUUACAUGAAUUGUUGUUUCUUCUAUGCAAUAAUUAACUGUCAAUUUAAGACAAGUGAACCAAAAAUGUAGAGAAGUUUGUUGGAGCAAAGAGUUCAAGGCUCAAAGUCCUGUCAGAAUGGACUGGGAAUGUGCAUUUUUGCACAGUGUGUGACAUUACAUUCCUGGUAGGUGGUCGUUGAAAAGUCCUUAAAAAUGGUUUCAAUUUUUUGUGUGAAAUCUGUCAUAAUCUUGUCAUCUGCAAGCAUUCAUGUAAAGUUGUAGUUACAAUGUACAUACUACUGGUAUAUAGGUAAAAAUAUAUUUGAAAAAUAAAAUGAAAUAAAAUGAAAUAAAAUAACUGAAGUGGGAGUGGAAUGCAGCAUAACUGGGAGUUUAUACAAAAGAGUAAAGUACAUGAUAGCAUUUUGAUGCAGUUACUUGAGUUUGCUGAGAGAUAAAAAAAGUGGUGUUUCUAAUCCCUUGUUCAGGAGCAAAAGAGGAGGGAGAUGAUCUUAGCUCGUGAGUUGAAGAAGCCAGUCGAAGAUAUGGUACUAAAGGAUAGCAAGGUAUGAUGUGAAAAUUAUAUAAAUCUGGUAAAAUAACCCAAGUCAGCAAGUUUAUUACCAUAUGGUUUAUGAUGAGUUUAUAAAAUAACUGAGAUAGUACGCAUGAUCUGAUUGGUCAAAAACCUAUGGUUUAUUAUACCGGUAAACCCAGGAAACCCAUAGAAAAAGGCAUCCAGACCACGAGCCAUAAACAAAACCGGCUAUCGAUCUGCAAACAACGACUUUAGAAAGGCUAAAAAACAGAACAAGUUACUUACCCAGCCCUUCUUAAUAUUAAAAGCGUACAGUCUGACAGAAGUUCUUCAAAUAGCAGUUGUCAUCCACCGAGUUCCUUCUUUUGUUGUUCUUGCUCUAUAUGGCUACGGUUUUAAAUUGAUAUUUUGCUUAUCUGCAGGAAAAGGAACAGAAAAGACAACAGCAGAUGAUGAUCAGGGCAAUUGAAUCCCAGAGAAAGCAAGAGGUGAAUACAGUAGGACCCCAGUAACUCGAACUCCCCACUAACUUGAACUAAUUCUCAUUUCCCUUGGAUUUGACCUUACUUUUUAGUCACUUGUACCUGGAUAACUCGAACUCAGAUAACUGGAAUUCGAAUUCAAACUAAAUAGCAUUUCCCUUGAUCAAAAUUUACCCUGAUAACUUGAACUCGGAUAACUUGAAUUCGAAUUCAAACUAAUUGCAUUUCCCGUGAGCAAAAUUUACCUCAAUAACUGAAAUUCUGGUUCUUGCAACUCACCACAAAUACCAUCCCAUUAGCUUUUCCUAUCGUGCAAGUAGUAUAACCCCCUAAAACUAAAACUACAGUAAUUUAUUUUUCAUAAGUGCAAUGAACAGAUCACGUAUUUGAUAGCCAUUUCCCUGCGUUAUCAUAAAAAUUUCUGAUGAGGUAAGUUUAUUUGCACUCCACUGUAUACUGAAGUGCUGAAAUAUCAGUAAACUAUCAAUAUUAACAUAGUAAAUUGAAGAUUCGAUGGACCCCGAUAACUCAAACCCCUGCUCAAACUGUUUUUCGUUUCCCAUCAGAGUUAAAGUUACUGGGGUGGUACUGUAAUAACAAAAAAUGACUUUUUCUCAUCAUCUGCAUUGAAGUUUGUGCCUUCUAUCCACUGGUUGACCCAAUUACUUACAGAUUCAAUUUACUUUUAGGAGCGUGAAAGACUGAAGGAGGAGAAAAAGAUGGAAAAGAAGCUUCUAAGAGAGAAAAAGCUUGUAAGAAAUGAACAAUUUUAUUGUAAAAUUUUGACCAUUAUUUUGUCGUGCAUGCAAGUCAAAUUGUAGUAAUUGAAAAGAAGCUUCUGCUUGACAGAAGUUUUUAAGAAAUGAAAUUUUGUUAAAGGUGAUUUACGUGAAGUGUUUUUUGUUCUAUGCAAUAAUUAGCUAUCAAUUUAAGACAAGUGAACCGAAAAAUGUAGAGAAGUUUGUUGAAGCAAAAAGUUCAAGGCUCAAAGUCGUGUCAGAAUGGACUGGGAAUGUGCAUUUUUGUACAAUGUGUGACAUUACAUUCCCGGUAGGUGGUUGUUGAAAAGUCCUUAAAAAUGGUUUCAGUUUUUGUAUGAACCCUGUCAUAAUCUUGUCAUCUGCAAGCAUUCAUGUAAAGUUGUAGUUACAAUGUAUAUAGUACUGGUAUAUAGGUAAAAAAUUGAAAAAAUAAAAUGAAAUUAAAUAAUCUGAUAUAAAAUAACUGAAGUGGGAGUGAAAUGCAGCAUAACUGGGAGUUUAUACAAAAGAGUAAAGUACAUGAUAGCAUUUUGAUGCAGUUACUUGAGUUUGCUGAGAGAUAAAAAAGUGGUGUUUCUAAUCCCUUGUUCAGGAGCAAAAGAGAAGGGAGAUGAUCUUGGCUCGUGAGUUGAAGAAGCCAGUCGAAGAUAUGGUACUAAAGGACAGCAAGGUAUGAUGUGAAAAUUAUAUAAAUCUGGUACAAUUACCCAAGUCAGCGAAUUUAUUGCCAUAUGGUUUAUGAUGAGUUUAACAUACUACAGUGCUAACUUUUGUUUAAACUUUUUCAAGGUGCUGCCUUCUCUGACUCGAGUCAAAGGUCUUCAGGUGCCUGGUGGAGCUUUUGCUGACUUGUUGAUGCUUCAAGAAUUUGUACACAACUUUGGUGAAGCCUUGGAUCUA